CAGAGAGGAACCGAGGCUUGGGUGACAGGCGAGGCGUGGGGAAGAGUUCAGCCUGAGUCACAGCCUUAUUCACUGAUUUCUCGGCGGCUGGACCGAGGCUGCCUCUCCAGGCGGCUCCCACCUGCUCCCGCACCGGCCCCGAGCGCGCCUCCCGCCGCUGCGCUCGCCGCCAGCCCGACUGACCGCCCGACUCGCGAGUUGGCAUCUUUGCUCCCGAGGGUGUCGCGAGCCGAGGUGGAGAGGACAGCAGGCCUCUGGCCCAGCCAGCUGCGCGGGAUGCGUCGCAGGCAUCAGCGCUGAGCACCCCCACGCUGGGUACGGGGCGGGCGUUCUCGCUCCGGGCGGCGGGCCGAGAGGCGGCGGCGGAGGGGAUGCGCCCAGGACGCACCAGGCUCCUUCUGCGAGCUGCCACCCCGAGGUGGACCCCGAACAGAGCUCAGCGCAGGACCGCGAGGACCCCUGCCCCCUGGGGCGCGCGGCUGCGAAGCUUCGGGGUCGCAUCUGCGUUCAGGAUGCCCUGGGCACCUCCCUGCUGGUGAGGAUGUCCUGCCGCGCAGCUCUGUAUCCCCCAGCCCCUGUCCGUGGAGGGCACGACUGCGUGGGCCCGACUUCGGGCCCUCCUGCCGGUGGAUGAAAAGCGCGGGAGUCCUUGAAUGCAAUCAGCGAUCGAAUCUAAAUUCUAAGAGCCAUGGACGCCAGCGCUGGGCUGCAGCCCCAGGCGGGGGAGCAGCUGGAAGCCGCGGCCACGGUAGGAGCUGUCCAACAGAAGUGCGAACCAGAGACCUUGAGGUCCAAGAGUUUACCCGUCCUGAACAGCACCUCCUGCCGGCCAGAUCUCAGCCCUGCGAGCGCAGGCACCAAGCCAGGCGGUGCAGAUGCUUUGGGCCGCCAGGAGCUGAAACAAUGCCUGAGCCGGUUGGCGUCCAGCCCCUCUGCCCCGCCCACUUCGGCAGAGAUGGCGGGGCUCGUGGACUGCAACCACAGGGUGGACAUGGGCAAAGCCAUGUCGGUGUCGUCCACGUUGGCUACCCUUCAGGGGAGAAGGUGCCUCUAUGUGGUCCUCACUGAUUCGCGCUGCUUCCUGGUUUGCAUGUGCUUUCUGACCUUCAUCCAGUCGUUAAUGGUCUCUGGGUACCUGAGCAGCGUCAUCACCACCAUCGAAAGGCGCUACAGCCUGAAGAGUUCGGAGUCCGGGCUGCUGGUCAGCUGCUUCGACAUCGGGAGCCUGGUGGUGGUGGUGUUCGUCAGCUACUUUGGGGGCCGGGGCCGGCGGCCGCUGUGGCUGGCCGUGGGUGGCCUUCUCAUCGCCCUCGGGGCGGUGGUCUUCGCCUUACCUCACUUCAUCUCGCCUCCCUACCAGAUCCAAGAGUUGAACGCCUCGGCUUCCAACGAAGGCCUGUGUCAGAAUGGCAACUUCACGGGGACCGCGGAGCCUCGCGCCUGCCGCAAGGACUCGGGCGGGAAGAACCACUGGCUCUUUGUGGCUCUGUUCGUCUGUGCACAGAUCCUCAUCGGCAUGGGCUCCACACCCAUUUACACCCUGGGACCAACCUACUUAGAUGACAACGUCAAGAGGGAAAAUGCAUCCUUGUACCUAGCCAUCAUGUAUGUCAUGGGAGCUCUUGGUCCUGCCGCGGGAUACUUAUUAGGUGGACUUCUUAUUGGUUUUUAUGUUGAUCCCAGAAAUCCUGUUCAACUUGACCAGAAUGACCCUCGUUUCAUUGGAAACUGGUGGAGUGGAUUCCUCCUUUGUGCCGUUGCAAUGCUUCUUGUGGUAUUCCCAAUGUUUACUUUUCCAAAAAAGCUUCCGCCUCGACACAAGAAGAAAAAGAAAAAAUGUUCUGUUCCUGCUGUUAGCGACGACGACAUUAUGAAGGAGAAAUCAAACAAUCAUGAGCACGCGGACAAAAAAGUUUCUCCUAUGGGAUUUGGAAAGAAUAUCAGAGACCUACCAAGAGCAGCUGUCAGGAUCUUAAGCAACAUGACAUUCCUUUUUGUGAGUUUGUCAUACACAGCUGAGAGUGCCAUUGUAACUGCUUUCAUUACCUUCAUUCCCAAGUUCAUCGAGUCACAGUUUGGUAUUCCGGCUUCCAAUGCCAGCAUCUACACUGGUGUUAUUAUUGUCCCUAGCGCUGGGGUUGGCAUUGUCCUGGGAGGCUACAUUAUAAAAAAAUUGAAACUUGGUGCAAGAGAAUCUGCAAAACUAGCAAUGAUCUGCAGUGGAGUGUCUUUACUGUGCUUUUCAACUCUGUUCAUUGUGGGAUGUGAAAGUAUUAACCUCGGAGGCAUAAACAUCCCUUACACAACAGGACCCUCUCUCACCAUGCCUCAUAGGAACCUGACUGGAAGCUGCAACGUUAACUGUGGUUGUAAGACACAUGAGUAUGAGCCCGUCUGUGGAUCAGAUGGAAUUACGUACUUUAACCCCUGUCUGGCUGGCUGUGUUAAUAGUGGUAAUCUUAGCACUGGGAUAAGGAAUUACACGGAAUGCGCCUGUGUCCAAAGCCGGCAGGUGAUCACCCCGCCCACCGUGGGACAGCGCAGUCAGCUCCGCGUGGUCAUCGUCAAAACCUAUCUCAACGAGAACGGCUACGCCGUGUCUGGGAAGUGCAAGCGGGCCUGUAACACUCUCUUCCCGUUCUUAGUUUUUCUUUUCAUAGUCACCUUCAUCACAGCAUGCGCCCAGCCAUCAGCCAUCAUAGUGACGCUCAGGUCCGUAGAAGAUGAGGAGAGACCUUUUGCUCUGGGAAUGCAAUUUGUUUUAUUGCGAACGCUUGCAUACAUCCCCACUCCGAUUUAUUUUGGAGCAGUUAUUGACACCACCUGCAUGCUCUGGCAACAGGAAUGCGGAGUGCAAGGCUCUUGCUGGGAGUACAAUGUGACAUCGUUUCGCUUUGUCUAUUUUGGCCUGGCAGCCGGCCUCAAGUUCGUAGGCUUUAUCUUUAUUUUUCUGGCCUGGUACUCCAUCAAAUACAAGGAGGACGCGCUGCAGAGGCAGAGGUGGCGGGAGUUCCCCCUGGGCACUGUGAGUGAGCUGGUGGGCCACCCCGACGGCGCAGAGAAGUAUGCCCGGACUAGGUCCUGCCCGGCUUUCGGCACGCAGGGGGAAUUCCACGAAGAGACUCAUCUGCGAAAAGGGAUCCAAUGCACAGCACAGACCUACCCGGGACCCUUCCCAGAAGCAAUAAGUCCCUCCCCGGACCCGGGGCUGGAGGAGAGCCCUGUUGCCCUGUAGCCUCCCUCCUGACGCUUGCAAAUGGAAGACUUUAGUUUUUUUGUUGGUUGAGUUGAAUAUUGGCGACUUGAGAAACACCCGUGCCUUCUUUUCUUUCUUCCCCUUUUUAAGCUCUAAAGACACAAUCCUCAAACGAACACAACUCGGUCUGCACAGCCACUGUUGAUUGAGGGCUGGAUACCUCAGCCAGGCUGAGAACCCUUCCCGCCUUCGCUCCAGGAAGGCGGAGCUGCGAUAGACUUGGUACCCUGUCCGCUAUGUUAAUUUCACGCUCGUGUACCAAUAGGGUAUAAGGCCAAGGCCCAUGGUUACCCAAAUCACGGAAAUGUAAAGGCGGUGCAUCUCAUUAGCAUACACUCCACACAAAGGUGAGCUCGACCAUGGCCUUGCAUUUACAAAUCAACGGUUUUUUUAGAUCUGAACACCUACUGUGAGUUCUGCUACAAAGCACAAAUGAACUUGCCUCAACUAUGCAAUUUGAUCGGGGGAAAAUGUAAGUGCAGCAUGCUACUUUUGCUUCCAGAGACUAAAGCAGAUAUGUUUUUGAAAAGAGGAAGCUUGACUUUCCUUAAAGUACUGUUAAUAGCAUUUUAGGCCACAGCAGACGGAUAAAUCAGGUAGGAUUUUUCAAAUGCUUCAAAGGAACUGUAUGCAUUGGGUGAUAAAAGGAAAAGCUACUUCGUUUCAUGAAACACAUUCUCUUUUAGUCUGUGUGCCUCCAUCAUAAGGUAGUUAAGAAGGCUGCAAAAUCAUCUGAUAGUUUGAAUAUAAACUCCAAUAUUCCUUCAUCAGGGGCUUUAAAACUAGUGUGCUAAACAAUAUGGCUAGAAACCGUAAUUUGAGAUGCAUAAUAAGGAAAGAAACUCAUGGCUCUCUCAUCCAAAAAAAGAAAAAAAAUUGCUGCAGAAAUUCUUUUACCUCUUAAGGACCCACAUAAGGAUAGUUAGAAAUUGUAAACUUGACACUGAAAAUAGUUGGAAAAGGAAUUUCAGAGACGUAAGAUUGAGUGCCACCCGAUCAUUUUAGUUAUCUGCUUGGAAACACUAGCAAAUCUGUAUUCUUCUCUUUCUAUGUGCAGAAAAUUGCUAUGGUUGCUACUGAGAUUGAGUCAUUAAACCAGGAAAGCCAUACUUGCCUGUAUGGAAAUCACCUUGAAUACAGGAGGAGGGAGAUCUGGGAGCCGGACCUAGAAUAUGAUCCUAACUAAUGAUUGACAAAUACAAAAUAAACUGGUCUAGCCUACUGAACCCAGCUUUAUCAGGGUUACAAUCAUUUUACACCAACCUUUGACUCCUCCCUGCUGUGACCUCCCGGGAGUGGUCUCAGAGAGGACUUGUCUGUUCCUUUGGGUUCAUUACCCAUGAUCCUUCCCAGCACACCACUUCGACUUAGGUGCCACCCAGAAUGCUUCCUCCAUGGUUCUUCAGGCAGAUGCCUCUGACAGCACUAUGGACUGAUGGUAAGUGAACUCAUGGGAGCUGGCUGCUCAGAGAAAGAAUCCUGACAACUCAGAUACCAAUAUCACUGUUUCUGCCUAGGAGCCUGGGCUUACGUCGGGCUAAUCUGGGAAAUGGUUUCUUGACUGGUUUACACUCUUCCUCAGAAGGAAUGUGAUUGACAGAACUGUCCCAUGAUUCAGACGUCUUGCCCUCCAUCGUUGGCCCCCCCCCCCCAUGGGGUUGUGUGAAUAUUUCUGGGCGCAGGCUGUUUUCCUCUCUACCCUAGUGGCAUCAGUCAAAUGGUUCUCUUGGUUGCAUGCAGUUUGUGGAGAGGGUUAUCACUGUCAGACUGAAUAAUGCCUCCAGGGGGCAGAGCCAGUGCUCGGUGGCAAGGACUUCCUGUUGAGCAGUCUUGUGUGACUAAGUCUUAGAACCACUGUUGCCUGUAGAUACACUGGUGUCCGUCAAACUUUAGUCAACAUGGUGCAUAUUGAAGGUCUUUGGAAAAUAUUGCCGAUUAACCCAGUGUCUGCUCUGGGGCCUCAGGUUCCCCCUUACCCUCUACGGAAAAUCUUUGAGCCUUUGGAAGAGAAAGUUUCCUUUUGUGUUGGAGCUAAAGAUAGGUUGGGGAAAGAGAGGUAGUGUUUCCGUAAUUUCCCUCUGUUCAUUAAGAAACUGUACUGAGAAAAUAUUGGUGGGAUGCCACAUUUUUGUAGCUAAGAGGAUAUGUCCCCCCACUGUUACAGUUUCUCUCUUCUUGGUUGGGUAUUUUGGAAAGGAGCCGCUCUCAGAACUCCAGGAUAGGGAAUGAUGGCGUCGUCCAGUAUAAUUAGAGAGCUGCUCCUCCAUUCUCGACCUUGAACUGUCGUCCAGUUCAGCAAUUGAUGACUGGGUGCAAGUUCUUUCUCUUGGGCACCAUUUGACCCAUUGCCAUUUGCCACUCUGUGAAGUCCUUUGGGUUUGAUUAGGCCAGAAUUCAAAGAAGUUAGCAUGAGUUGUACAUCACAAUGUUAAUAUUGUACUGCCUUAAGUCUCUGAUGCUGAUAAUUAGCAGGUGUAAUUAAUGUGUUGUUGGUGAGUGUAGAAUAAGUAGUAAAAAUCAUGGUGGGUUGAAGUCUUCGAAUAUGUACCAAGUAAAAGUUGUUCCCAAAAUGGUUUGGGCUCUGGUAGCAUCACUGAAAUAUUAUGUAGUCAACUAAAGUGAUUAUUUUAUAGACAUCAUUUAAUUGUAUAUAUGAGGUUCUUAUAUGCUUGUUAAUAAAUUGAUUGUUACUUCAUAGUCCUAUUAUAAGUUUAAUUGCCACCCUCCAUGAGCUCAAGCUUAUAAUAACUUGCUUUGGAAAAAGGUCAUCUUAUUCCUUCAUAAACUCUGUAGAUUAAUCUAUUAUUUGGCUUUAAUAUGCAAAUAUAAUACCCGUGACUGUCACCUGUUAAUCUAGAAGCCCCAGGGGGUGGGUGGGUGUUGGAGCACAUUCUUUGGUUAUUUUUAUGACUAUGAAAUCCUGAUCAUUUGUAGGUGGCUUUAAUUCUUGAAAAACAGUCUUCAGAACCAAGGUGGGGGAAGAAAGGAGGAGCAGAGAGGACACAAAUUAGCAUUUGUUGAGUGUUCGUGUAUUUGCAGAGACUUAAUGUGCAUCAUUCAUGUAAUCCUCUUAAUAACUUUGAAAGAUAGCUAUGUUCUGUUAUUGUUGUUGUUACUAUUAAAACAUCAUGAAAACUGAGGCUCUGAGAGGUAAAGUGAGUGACCGGUUGAGGACUGUCGAGUGGGCAUUUGUGGAAACCCUCCCGUGUGCCCAGGAGGCGUGGGAGAGCCCAAGCCCAGGGUGGCGGCCAAUUCUACCUUGUGGUUUUGUGUGUCAGGGUUCAGCUGCAGGCUUCUCUCGCGGUGGCUCACUUCUUACACUACGUAAUGCAUAUCAGCUUUGGUUAACAGAGGUAAGUUGUGACUUGACGGGAGUGAGGUAAAUCAUUUUACUUUUUGACAUGUUACUGUUUCUGAAGAGUAGAGAAGUUGUUAUUUCUUUGCAUAACAUAGGAAAAGGUCUGUGGGAAAUAUUAAUAUUUAACGUUCAGAUCUGCAAGGUAAAUUUACAUUGAUUUAGCUAAGUGUUAUACUCAAUUUUUUUUUGUCCUAACAUACCUCAAGUAUGUAUUUCUAGUAUUUAAUAUAGAACAAACCACUAUUGAUGGCAACGUUGUGUCUCAGUAGAGUUUCUGAAAUGAAACAUGAGGAAGGGAGGUCCAGACUGACGGAAUCUGAGUUGUGGAUUUCAGGGGUAUGCUUUUCCACCCCCUCUUUCAGGAUAUUAACAUUUCCAUUCAUUUUUUUUUUUUUGGUGAAAAUUGGUUUAAGUUCCCUAAUAAAAGGUUUAAAUGAACAUAUACUAGUACAAAGUGUUACACGUGAAGCGAGCAUAUACAGAACAUUAUAUGUAAUAUACCAAACCAUCGUCCAGUUGUGACCGCCAGAAGGUGCAGUGCCAAACAGGAAGUGCAGCCCCAGAGAAGGGAGGAACCUGGCGGAGGUGAGGGCAGCCCUCCGUUCUCACCACCCACCAAGAAACUCUUCCUCAGUCCGCAGUUUCAGCUUGCAUUUCUUGUGGGCUUGGAGCCAGAACAUUGCCUUUGGGAGCUGGCUAUGUGUCAGCCAUAGGGUCACCAGGGAGAAGCUUCGUAGUUUGAAUGGACCGGAAGCAUUUGUGGAAAUCCUCACGUGUGCCCAGGAGGCGUGGGAGAGCACAAGCCUAGGGUGGUGGCCAAUUCCACUUGGUGAUUUUGUGUGUUGGUAGGACAUCCUGGUGGCACAGAAACUCGGACAUAACUAGUGAUAUAUUGGUGCACACAGCGUAUUCUCAGUAGCAGGUAGACGUCACAAUACGGUGUGAUCCCAGCAUCGCCUACGCUGCAGGUUUGCCGAUUCUCUGUUAUGUAGACCAGUUGGUGGCCUUUACACGUGUUUGUGAUUUCUCUGUCAGGCCAACCAAGGGAGUGCCAGGGCUGACCGUGAAGUCAGCGGCCUUGAGCACUUUCUAUCUUUUCUGUGUUCUCUUCUUUCCCCAUCUCCCAGGCUGCUGCUAGCCGUGUCCAUCCCAGACUUCUCGCUACAAUGGAACCCGAUCUGUGUAUGUUAUUUUUUUUUUUUAUAGCAAAGGUGGAGAUUUAUUGAAGAACAAGUACAGAUUCCCACAUGGGAAAGGGGGAAAGAAUUUCACAGUGCAGACUCCCACGUGGGGAGGGGGAAAGAGUCCCCCUGUGUAUGUUAUUUUAAGCACUUCAUUUUUACUCAGCCCUAAGAAGGGUCAAGUAUGAGGAAGUCCUUCCCUGGGUAUUCGCUUUGGCAACGUUAAAAAGAAUGCCUUGGUGCUAGAAGCAUUUGAUGACGCAUGCUCACCACAAAACACGCCACUGAAUCCACGGUGUUUCGUUGAUAAGGGACUGCAUGCGCUUGGCUUCUGAAACUCUGAACUUCCCGGAAACAAACACUCAUUACUCUCAUCAAUUCAUUUAAUCCAUGAACUUGAUGUUGUAAAAAUGAAGGGUGUAAGGGGGAAAUCGUUUUUUCUAUAAAAACUCAGUGCUUUUGAUAUUUAUUUUAGCAAGAAUAAUCAGAUGCUAAAAAUAAUUUCCAAGAGAGGAGAAAAAUAUUUCAGAUAAUCUUUUCUUAUUCUCUAAAAACGCACACCCAUGUAAGGUGUUUUUAAUGCUAGGGUUUGGAAGGUGUUGUCUUUUUUCUGGUAUUCUAUUCCAUGUGAAAAUUGAAGGAGAAAAAUAUUAAAAACUAAAACCAAUGUAAUUGAAGGGACAUGUUCCAGCGGUUCUCAACCCGUGGGUCGCGACCCCUUUGGGGGUCGAACGACCCUUUCACAGGGGUCGCCCAAGACCAUCAGAAAACACAUAUAUAAUUACAUAUUGUUUUUGUGAUUAAUCACUAUGCUUUAAUUAUGUUCAAUUUGUAACAAUGAAAAUACAUCCUGCAUAUCAGAUGUUUACAUUACGGUUCAUAACAGUAGCAAAAUUACAGUUAUGAAGUAGCAACGAAAAUAAUUUUAUGGUUGGGGGUCACCACAACAUGAGGAACUGUAUUAAAGGGUUGCGGCAUUAGGAAGGUUGAGAACCACUGUGUUAAACCAAAGGGGUGAACAAAAGAAGUUUAAAGUUUGUAUCUAGAAAAGAAAAAUAAGAAUAAUUGGUAAGAUUUUAUAGUGAGCAUUUCUCUUAAAAUACAUACCUCCACCCCAAACCCCAAAUGUCAGAUAGAAGCACGAACAGGCAGGUCAGCCUCUAAUUCUUUAAAGGAGAUGUGAUACUGUGUCAAACCAGCUGGCGUCAGGAUCCUAAUGGAGUGUGUGUUCAGCGUGUGUGUGUGUUUUGUGUGUAGAGGUGUGUAUGCCUGUGAUGAAAGGCUGUUUUGAGUUGUUGCAUAAAGAACUCUGAUUUUGCGAUUUUAAAAAUGAAUAUUUAUUUGGUGACCUCUUAGGGUACUUUAAAAUAUGUAUAAUUUCCUUGUGUUUAAUGAAAUCUAUUGUCAAUGUACUAAUCGACCUCGGUUUACAACAUCUUGAAUACUUGAUCACUGAAAAUUAAGAAAAAAAGUUAAAAAAAUAAGAAUAAAGUGUGUUGGAUUGAAAGUAGUUUGUCUCUUACGAUUUUUGUUGUCUGAAGAAACGAAGCAGUGAAGCUGGUGUGGUCAUCCCUCCACACAAUGAAGACCCAGGGGUUUGAUUGGAUUAAAUAGCCCACCACUGCUCUGAAAAAUAGUGGUAAUGAACUCCUUAUUUAACUGAUAAUUCUGCCUUGAAGUCAGAUGUCCUACAUGUCAUCUAUUAAGACUAUAGUUUUAAGAGCCUGCAGGAGCGCAUUUUUCAUUGAGUCACCAGAGAGUAAUUUUAAGUAGUCCAUCGCUUAAUUUAAAUUCAGACUUUGGCCCUGCAGAACUAUGUGCCUUGAAUAAGGUUUAUGCUAGUCAAGAUAAGCUGCAUUAUGCUUAAAAACAUGCUAACUGCCAAAUCUCAGUGGCUCCAUAGCAUAAAAGUUUGCUACUUAUUUCCAUGACAUGGUUCUAUGUGUGUGUUCCAUGUACAUGUGCUCAAGGGCCCACCCAGCCUGACAGAGGUUUUACCAUCUUUUUUGUGUGUUUGUUUUUUCCCAUUGAUUUUUAGAGAGAGAGUGGAAGAGAGAGGGAAAGACAGAGAAACAUCAAUGUGAGAGAAAUACAUGGAUUGGUUGCCUCCUGCACGUUCCCUGACCAGGGCCUGGGCCAGGGAGGAGCCUGCAACUGAGGUACAUGCCCUUGCCUGGAAUUGAACCUGGGACCCUUUGGUCUGCAGGGCGACACUAUGCACUGAGCCAAACCAGCUUGGGUGAGGUUCUACUAUCUUGAAGCUGCACCAUCUGGAACCUUCAGGGUUGGUCAUUUUUGCUGAGCAAGGAAAGAAAGAGCCCAGAGAAGGCAAAGGCCUUUUCUCUUUCUCAGCCCAGAAGUGAGUUGUCACAUUGCAUUGUCUGAAUCAGUUGCACAUCCCUAACUUCUGGGAUCCUGGAUGUGUACGGGAGCAAAUGGUGAGCAUUUGGUAGGUAUUUGUUUUUUUCUUUUUGCCACACAGUUGGCCGUGACAAAUUAAGAAGAAUUCCCAAAGGAAUCCAACUCAUUCUUCUGAAAAUUGGUAAACAAAAGGGAAGUUCCAAGUCUCAAGCAUAAACACGAAAGAUUUCUGAAGGAGUGACUGUCCAAACUUUGCCAACAAAGUAGUUAAAACUCCCUUUCCCCAAACUCCACGGAUGGAGUUCGUCGUUGCUAAAGCGCCCAUGAACUGGUCUGAAACUGGAGCAGGAACGUGAGCUCAGACUCCACCCUUGGGGGAAAGCGCUGGAUUUCCAGGUCUCUUCCGAUGGAAGGCAGAGUUUUGCAAGGACACUGGCAUCUGAGACUUUUGAGUGAGAGGCGGAAGGAGGUAAAGGAGUGUGGAAGUAACAGCUUGACCCAUGGGCCGAAGCACAGAGUGGUUAUAUUUUAUAGUUAGGAGGCCCCCUGGAGCACUGCAUAGGUGGAGAGCAGCUAAUCGAUUUCCCUUUCUUACCUCGUCACCCCCUGCACAGCGAAACUGAAGAGUCACAGUGGCUCAAGAUACAUGCUAUUGGGAGAGUGCAGGAAGUCUGUUGACUUCUGGAUAAAUGCUUAUUUCUCACAGUGGCUUUGUGCAUUCAUCAAGGGAGCCAUUAUGCAAAGAGCACAUAGAACCCUCCUUCUCCAAUCUACCAGCCUCUCCACAAUUUUGUGCGCAGUUUAGGCAAAAGUUUCCUCUUUAAUUUCUUUGAUAUCUCACACUUUCAUGGGAGAGACAGAACCAGUCUGUAAAUUGUGUUGUUUUUGUUGUUUUUUUUUUUGAAAUAAGUACAUGGGGAAAAGUUUCUUUUUGAGAAAUGAGGGAGGAAAGAUUAUGAGGUAGCUACUGCUUUAGCCCAGACUUGGUCUGACCUCAGCGUUUUAAGAGCUAUUAAAAAGCACCCAAUUCCUCUCUUGUUUUUAAAACUGUCAGCUGGGCAGACAGGGCCUGUGGGAGCCAACAAACAUUUUUAAUUGCACAAAGUCAUUGGAAAGCAAGGCAAUCAAUAUUCGGUGCUCACUUUUGAAUUUAAAUGUCAAAGUUUGACAUAGCUCCAACUCAUAAUAUCCAUAUAAAUCAGUAGAAUGUUAAGACCGUUCAUUGGCCUGCUGGCUUGGCUAGGAUCCUAGGCACUGAAGAAAGAGCAAGCCUGCUGUGGAUCAUGCUGUUCUAGAUGUGUUCUUGUCUAAGUGGUAGUGAAGCUACUUUAGAAAUCAAUUCAGUGGCAGGUCUGCCAGGGGCCAGGUCCUGGCUCCCAGCCAAAAUGUCUUUGGUUGCACUACAGUGCCAUCUACUGGUCAGUAUGGAAAAUACAUGCUCUGCUAAUCUCUGGGCUUGAGUUGCGUGGGACUCCUAGUUAACCACAUACAUAUUAAUUUAAGGUGGCGAAGUGGAUGACAUCUCUCUCCUAUUAGUGGUUGGAUUGGUUGCACUCUGGUUCUGGGUCAUGUGAACUGUUGGUUGCUGGGAGGUAAUGUGGGAGAAGAGGAUUGGGGUAGAGGAUGCAGAUUCUCCAAAGUCCUGGGAGGCUGACCCUUGUGGGGGCUGGAAAUUCAGAACAGAAGGUAGAUACCUUUGCUCACCACUCCCAUUUGCCAACAGAAAAAUGAGGUGGUGCUCAGCACGAAAGACUUCAACUCUGUAGCUCCCUUUGUACCUACCCUUCUGCAGUGCUUCCCUAACAUCUGGGAUCAGAGAUGUCCCAGCAGAAAAAAAAAUCUGACUUUUGAAAGUCAUUCUAUCUACUUCAUACAACACUGGACUCACUCUGAGGCCAAGGUAUUAUGCGGGCAAACUGUUCAACAUCAACAACACAACGAGGUGAGUUGACCAAUACUAACCAAUGGUCACAUUGGGUGCGUUUCUUUUAUUAUUAUUAUUUUUGGAUCUUUACUGUUGAGAGUAUUACAGAUGUCCCCCUUUUCUACCCCUAUUUCCCCCCUCCACCCAGUUCCUGCCCCACCCCAGGCCUUCACCACCCUAUUGUCUGUGUCCGUAGGUAACGCAUAGAUGCAUAUAAGAUAUCUGGUUAAUCCCUUCCCGCCCUCCCCCCUUCCCUCUGAUAAUUUGUCAGUUUGUUCCAUGUUUCCAUGCAUCUGAUUCUAUUUUAUUCAUCAGUUUACUUUGUUCAUUAUAUUCCUUGUUCAUUUAUUUUGAUUUUUAGAUUCAAUUGUCGAUAAAUAUGUAUUUAUUGCCAUUUUAUUCGUAUUUUCUAUCAUUUUUUUCCUUCUCUUUUCUAGAAUGCCCUUCAACAUUUCAUGUAAUACUGGUUUGGUGGUGAUGAACUCCUUUAGCAUUUUCUUAUCUAGGUUGCUUGCUUCAAUUUCAUUUAGAUAUUUUUCUGGAGAUUUCUUGUUCUUUCACUUGUGACAUGUUUCUUUGUCUCCGCAUUUUGGCUGCUUCCCUGUUUGUUUCUAUGUAUUAGAUAGAGUGGCUAUGUCUCCUGGUAAUCAGUAGAAUGGUCUUGUGUAGUAGGUGACCUGUAGGGCCCAGUGGCUCAGCCUCCCCAGUCACCUGAGCUGGGCACUCUAGGUGUCCCCCUGUGUGGGCUGUGUGCACAGUCUUGUAGUUGAGUCUUGAUUACUGUUGGCAUCACUGGGAGAAGUUGACCCCCAGGCCAAUUGGCUGUGAGGACCAGCUGCGACUACAGUGGAAGAGCACCUGUGCAGGAGACUCUCCUAUGGAGCAGUGUGUUGCUUGUUGAUGUGUAGAGUUGUAAUCUGGUAUGUUCUGAAGCUGGCCACUGGAUGCACUGGCUCUGGGAACUCCUGGGAGGUGCAACAUCAACCACUGCCUGGAGCCACCCGGCAGGAGCUACAGAGACGUCUGCAAAUGGCUGUUAUUUGUAUUGGGUUUGGAGUGCCCAGCUGAGGCACAGCUUUGAAGUAAAGCAGGCUGGUGCUAGUGCUGGGUCUUGGGUCUUUUAUUGAUAGGUAUGGGGUAUGCUGAUGCCAGCUACUGCUUUUUUGAGAGAGAUUAGCAAAGUCUAUAUCCUGAGCCAGGAGGCCAUUCAUAUGGCAAACAGCUUGAGUGGGGCUGCAAAUUGAAUGGGGUAGGGUCUCAGGGAAUCACUAGGGCAGAGUGAACUGUGUGAGCCAGGCUGAUGGAGACUCAGAUGUGGCUGCCUGUCAGCUCUGCGAAGGUGGAGGUCUCAGCGUAGGAAAAAUGACCCCUGCAAACACCCCUGACUGGAAGAAAGCCACCCCCGAGUUCUUGCCCUGAUGCCAGACAAUCCAUUUCCUCCCCGAAUGUCCCUGGUUCCUUUCAAGCCGGCACCCCAGCACUGGAGCUCAGAGAGAUUGAGUCCAAGUAAGUUCAUGAGCUAGCCCUUUAAGAGGAACUAGGUAAGUUUCUUGGUCUGAAAUGGGGGAAGGAGCAAGGCUAUGCAUGUGGCCAGUUAUUCUCACUCUGUUGGCCCCAGACUUGAUACAGCAUUGGUGUUGCUUUACCUGGGGGACCGUGUAAAAUGGAGGAGAUAUUAUAUCCAGGGCUGGAGGGGAACAGGGAAAUUUACAUGGGAAGGAAAAGCAAAACUUCGAAUAAUAUGGGAAUUGAAGAGUGGGUGGGGUUUCUAUAGGUUGAGAUGGUGAAUGGGGAUAAACCCCAGGAGGAUAGAUGGAAAGUGGAGGAAAAUUAAGACCUGGGAAGGUGGUGCCAACCCAGGGGAAGCUGGUGGUGACCGGUGAGGUGGAGGGGGAGCAGGUGGGUGGAUGAAAGGCUAGAGCAAACAUGUCAAACUUGCGGCCCGUGGGCCACAUACCUUGUUUAUUUGGCCCGUGUUAGCCUUUGAGUUUGACAUGCUUAGGCUAGAGCUUCACAGAGGGUGUUAAGCAAUCAUUGAAGGUUUCUGAGUCAGAGGCUGAGAUCUGAGCCACACCUGGCAGUGAGUGUGGGAUGUGUUGGAGGUGGGAGAGGCUAGAGAUGGGAAAGGGGCCGAGGGGGCGAUUGCAGCUUCCAUAGCAGCAUCUGUAAGUUCAUACCCAAUGAACCAGGCUAGUGGACCACAUCAUGGUAUUAAUUGCCCCAAAUAUUUUGAUUAUCAACUGAAGAUCUUUGUUUUCUAUUAAAAUGAAAUUUGAAAAUAUCAAGCAGAACUGGACUAAUUUGGGAAAUGGAAGACCUUCUUAUAUCUGAGAACGUAUCAGCUCUAAAGCAAGUCCUGAAAAGUAAGCAUUAAUUUUUAACUUCUUAAAAGGUAUGUUUUGUGUGGAAUGGGAGUGAUAAGUAGUCAUUCCUUCUUUCUUAAAACACCCUGCAGAUGUCGGUGGUUAUAGGUGAUUUCUUUAUAGGAAGCUGGGAGGAGCCUUAGAUAGUCAUUAUCUGGUUUGGAUAGAACAGGUUUCUGUCUUGCAUGCCAACACCAGAUCUGCAGUGUUGGUGGUAGCUGGCUGAGGCAGAAGUGGGCAUCGAUACUCUGGCUUAAUGGCAAAGUGUCUACGCAUUAGCAAUGUCUUCCCUGGGCACAUUUUGUGAAAAGCAAGCACUUAUGCUAUGCAUUUUCUAUUUUAAAUUCAAACCUCUCAUUUUACAAUUGAGGAAGCUGUUUUCAAGAGGUUAUGUGACUUUUCUAAGCUCACAGAGAUAGUAAAAAUUAGAGUUUGCCAUGAAGUUAGGUCCAAUUUCAUGGUCAUUGUUCUAUUACUCCUAAUCAAAUGGGGUCCCCCUAACAGCCUUUCUUCCCUAAUCUGGUAUGUGUGUGUGAGAGAAGGGGAGAGAGAAAUGUGCAUGAGCAUAUGUGUUGAGAAAGUGGGGAGGGGCUGGCCUUUGCCUCUGCUAAUCUCUUCAUCUUCUAUGUCUGUACGGAAAGGGCAGGUGGGACACUUGCUCAGACCUUCUGAGCAUCAGCCUCCUCCCAGAUCCAAUUGAGGCCAGUUGGCCAGCCAAUCUCUAAGGGCCCUUUACACAUAGUUGGUACUCCAUGGUUAUCGAAUUGAACUAAAAUGUAAUUUUCUCCAGGAGAGCAACCUUUGGCCUAGACACAUUUUACAGGAAAGGAAGAGGGCACAAAGACAUGCCUUUGGACACCACCAUUGCCUGGGACUCUCGAUGAAAUGGUGGGGUUGUGGACUGGAUUGUGUCUCCUCUAAAUUCACAUAUUGAAGUCCUAAUCUCCAAAGGUUAAAUGAGGUCAUCGACUGGUGAGAGAGAGGAUGUGCAUGAACAGAGAAGAGGCCAUGCGAGGACACAGCGAGAAGGUGGCCCAUCUGCAAGCCAAGGAGAGAGGCCUCAAGAGAAAGCAGCCCUGCCCACAGGUCUUGCUUCCAGCCUCCAGAAUGGUGAGAAGAUACGUUUCUGUUGUUUAAGGCAUCCAGUCUGUGAUGUUCUCUCAUGGCAGCUCUGACAGUACAGCUGGCUUCCUCAGUUAUCCGAGGACUGAACUGGCAGCUCCCAAAGUCCUUUGCUUUUUUCCCCUUUACUACCAGAGAUUUCUGAUUUCUGGACAGGAAUUGUUAGCAGCUCUUCCUGAGGGGGAAAGUCCUCAGGAAAUCUGGAGCAGAAGGAAGUGCAUGGACUCUGUCCAUCAGAAAACUCGAGGUUUUGGAGGGUGGUUAGGUCUCCACCACAGUCCAUGGUCCCCAAACUGCCUUUGGUGGGGGGUGUGCUCCUGUGCUGUCCAUCCCGUCCUCCUGACAGCAAUGAGACACAUCGAUGCUGUGAUCCCUGACCCGAGAAUGUUCUGUAACACAUGGACUUCCGGUCAUUUUUACUGCUACGGCUACUAUUCAUGUAAAUUGAGACCAGGACUUAGUUUUACUAGAAGGAAUGGGUGCACCUCAAGAACUUGGUCCAGUUCAUUCCUCUGAAACAGGUAAAGUUUAAACACCUUUUAUUUCAAGAAAUAAUGCUUCUAGACUUUCCUGAAGCCAGAAUUGUUCUAUAAAAGUAGUACAGAAUAUUACACAAGAUUAAAAAAAAAAACACACACGGUAUGCUUCUUAAUAACUUGAAGCCUUUUUACAAAGCAUAUCAUUCAUGACCAUAAAUAUGUUUCCUCUGUCAUUCAGCCGGUGGCACACACAUCUGAUAAAGAGCUAGUGAAUUUUAACAUAUGUACAGAGUCUACAAUAAGGAGUUAAAGUUAUCAAAGAUUCAGCUAUACCAUUGUAAAUUAUCUUUAAAAGAGUUUACCUUAAACACUUAAAGAAAACAUAAUUUACCAAUGCGUUUGAGUUAUCUAAAAGGAAAAUCAUUGUUAAGCUAUUACUGGGAAGUUGAUUAGGCUACUGAUAACUUUCAAUGAGGUAAUCCUUUUGCUGGUCUUUAAAAAUCUAAUACAUAGUAAGAAUGUUUUCAAGAACACGUUUUGAACUAUGCCUUUAAAAAAUCAGAACUUGGUGAAGGUCUUAAUCAUACAAUCUAUGUGUUUAAAUUAUGAAA